AUAUUCUCACUAAAACUCACAUCAAUAUGCGUUGCUGCCUUCAAUGGCUUUCUACCAUACCUGAUCCUAUUUCAUUUUUAUUAAACAGGCUACUGACCCACCCUACUAAGUAUCGUGGCGAUUAUUACAGUCAAUGGAAUAUACGUUGGCCAACUAUCCAACUUUUGUUAUAUAAAGUUGAAUACCUUCAACAUGAUAAACAAUUGCCACCACCAUUAAUAGCCUUAGAUCAGCAGAUCCUGAAUUGAAUGUAUGAG